AGUUAAUGCGCGGAGCUCAAGCGCGUCGGUUUAGUGGAAAACUCUCGGUGGUAAUUUAAAACGAAACGAAAACGUUAAAAGUGUAAAAGUAAUAAAAUAGUGGUGAAAUAACAAAUGUUAUAAAAGAUACUUUUUUAUAUAAAAGAUAGAGAUUUUACACGUUGUUGCUAUAGUAAGACUAGGACCGGGCGCGGGUGCUGUUUUACUGAACAAAUAAACAAUAUAAAUUCAAUCAAACCCAUUAAUAUUGGCAGCAGUAAAAUAGACACAAUUUUACACACAACAGGUUUGGUCGAUAAUUAAAGAAAAAACGACACCAUGGCCAACAAUUCUCAUCCUAUGGAUGAGUUUUGUGGUUCCAAAUUCUGGGAUUCAGCAGAAACAUGGAAUACAGAAGAUCCGGAUUUUACCCCUUGCUUCGAGCAGACUGUAUUAGUAUGGGCACCAUGUGCCUUCCUUUGGUUAUUUAGUAUAUUUGAUUUUUACUAUCUGAAGGCCAGUUUAGAUAAGAAUAUACCAUGGAAUAAACUAAAUAUAAGUAAACUACUGCUGACCUUGUCUUUGUUGGUGCUAACUGCUGUCGAUUUUAUUAUGGCUAUGGUCUAUAAAGCAGACAAUGAUACGGCAGAUCUUAUCUAUCCCGUUCAUAUAUGGACGCCAGUGAUUAAAUUUGCAACAUUUAUACUCAUUUUAAUAUUCAUUCCUCUAAAUCGCAAAUAUGGCAUCCAAACAUCUGGCUGUCAAUUUUUAUUUUGGUUCUUCUUAACCAUUCUAUCGAUAGCACGUUGUCGCACCGAGGUAAGAGGUGAAAAACUUCGUGCCGACGCUAUUGAAGCUGAUCCUAAUGCUGACUUUUCAUGGGAGGAAUAUCAAUAUGUCAGCUUUAUGAUAUACUUUGCCUUCUGCUGUGGCAUGUUGGUCCUCAAUUGUUUCGCCGAUGCCAAACCACGUCUCACCAAAUACGAACGUUCGGAUAAUGAAAUUCCAGAAGUUUCGGCCAGUUUCUUGUCACGCAUUACGUAUCAAUGGUUUGAUGGCAUGGCCUGGCGUGGCUAUCGCAAUCCUUUGGAAGAGAAAGAUCUGUGGGAUCUCAAUCCUCAGGAUAGUUGCAAAGAAGUUAUGCCCAUUUUCGCUUACUAUUGGAAUAAAAAUGUGCGUAAAUAUUUUAAAACAGAGCCCAAUCAACCUAAAGUACAGUUUAGCAAAGACAAGGUAACGUUUGAAAAUCCUCAUGGCCCCAAGACGGGUAAGAAGAAGGGAACCGUUUCGAUUAUGCCACCUAUAGUUAGAUCAUUUGGCGGUGUGUUCCUAUUCGGCUCUAUGAUGAAAUUAUUUACCGAUAUCUUGACAUUUGCCCAGCCACAAGUAUUGCGUUUGAUUAUUGGUUUUGUUGAAGACUCCGCCGAAGAAGAUGGCGCCACUAAACAAGCCGAAUGGAAGGGUAUUUUCUAUGCUGUUUUACUUUUCGUAUUGGCUGCCACCCAAACUAUUAUUUUGGGUCAAUAUUUCCAUCGCAUGUUCACUGUAGGUUUACGUAUUCGUACCGCUUUGAUUAAUGCCAUUUAUCGUAAGGCUUUAGUCAUUUCAAAUGCCACCCGUAAAGAGUCAACUGUUGGUGAAAUUGUCAACUUAAUGGCUGUGGAUGCUCAACGUUUUAUGGAUUUAACCACCUACUUGAAUAUGUUAUGGUCGGCACCUUUACAAAUUGGUUUGGCUUUGUUCUUCUUGUGGCAGUUGUUGGGUCCCUCUGUAUUGGCCGGUCUUGCUGUGAUGAUUAUUUUAAUUCCCGUCAAUGGUGUCAUUGCCAAUCGCAUUAAAACCUAUCAAAUUAGACAAAUGAAGUACAAGGAUGAACGUGUUAAGUUGAUGAAUGAAGUUUUGAGCGGUAUUAAGGUUCUAAAAUUAUACGCCUGGGAGCCCAGUUUUGAAAAGCAAGUUUUGGAAAUUCGUGAAAAAGAAAUUGCCACCUUAAAAUCCACAGCCUACUUAAAUGCCAGUACAUCAUUUUUAUGGUCUUGUGCUCCAUUCUUGGUCUCAUUGGUCACAUUUGCCACUUAUGUAUUAAUUGAUGAAAAUAAUGUACUCGAUGCAACUAAAACAUUCGUAUCAUUAUCAUUAUUUAAUAUUUUACGCUUUCCAUUAACUAUGUUACCCAUGUUGAUAUCAAAUAUGGUUCAAACUCAAGUUUCGGUGCAACGUAUUAACAAAUUCAUGAACAGUGAAGAGUUAGAUCCCAAUAAUGUACAACAUGAUCCCAAAAAACCCAAUCCCUUGUCCAUUGUUAAUGGUUCAUUCUCCUGGGGCGAUGAUGAUGUUACCUUGAAGAAUAUUAAUAUUGAAGUUAAAAAGAAUACUUUGUGCGCCAUUGUGGGUACAGUAGGUUCGGGUAAAUCUUCGGUGAUACAAGCUUUCUUGGGUGAAAUGGAAAAAAUAUCGGGUAGUGUUAAUACUGUAGGCUCUAUAGCAUAUGUGCCACAACAGGCUUGGAUUCAGAAUGCCACUUUGAGAGAAAAUAUUUUGUUUGGCAAGGAAUACGAUCGCAAGCGUUAUAAUCGUGUCAUUGAUGCCUGUGCCUUAAGAGCUGAUAUUGAUAUGCUGUCGGCUGGCGAUAAAACUGAAAUUGGUGAAAAGGGUAUUAAUUUAUCAGGUGGUCAAAAACAACGUAUUUCCUUGGCUCGUGCUGUGUACAGUGAUGCUGAUCUUUACUUUUUGGAUGAUCCUCUUAGUGCCGUCGAUUCUCAUGUGGGCAAACAUAUUUUCGAAGAAGUUGUGGGACCCAAGGGUUUAUUAGCUAAGAAGACUAGAAUUUUAGUUACUCAUGGUAUUACCUUCCUGCCACAGACCGAUAAUAUUUAUGUCAUGAAAAUGGGUGAAAUUAGUGAAUAUGGCACUUAUCAGGAAUUGCUAAAUAAAAAGGGUGAUUUCUCCGAUUUCCUUUUGCAACAUAUCCAGGAGGGUAAUGAAGAAGUUGAAGACUUGGAUGUUAUUAAACAACAAUUGGAGGGCACUCUACAAUCGGAUGAACUUAAAGGCAAAUUUGAGAAAGUUAUUAAAUUGGCUAGAACUGAAAGUUUAUCAGAUUCUGUUUCUGUACGUUCCUUUGAAAGUGGCAGAAGUAGUUUAAGACGCCGCCGCAUUGAUAGACAAGAUUCGCAGACAUCUAUGAUUUCAGCCACAUCCAAAACGAAAUUACAAAUUGAAGAAGAAGGCAAACUUAUAGAAACUGAAAAGUCACGUACUGGUGGUGUUGAAUUUGCCGUUUACAAACAUUACAUUAAAAGUGUGGGCAUUUUCCUUUCUAUGGCUACUUUAAUUUUGAACUUUGUAUUCCAAGCAUUCCAAAUCGGUUCAAAUCUAUGGUUGACCAAAUGGUCCAACGACAAACUUGUGAGCAAUGAUACCGGCCUAAGAGACAUGUAUUUGGGUGUUUAUGGUGCCUUUGGUUUUGGCCAAGUGAUAGCACGUUAUUUAUCGGGCCUAUUUUUGGCACUGGGUUGUUUACAUAGUUCCAUGGAAGUUUUUGUUAAACUCUUGGCAAUGAUAUUCAAAUGGCCAAUGGAACUAUUCGAUAUAACACCACAGGGCCGCAUUAUAAGUCGUUUCUCCAAAGAUAUCGAUACUUGUGAUACAGUAUUACCAUCUGUUUUUCAACAAUUUUUAUCAACAUGUUUUUCGGUUUUAGCUACCAUUGUUGUCAUUAGUAUGACUACACCGAUUUUCAUGGCUGUAAUUAUACCCAUUGCAUUUUUGUACUAUUUUGCCCAACGUUUUUAUGUGGCAACAUCACGUCAAUUGAUGCGUUUGGAAUCGGUAUCAAGAUCUCCAAUUUAUUCGCAUUUCGGAGAAACCGUUACGGGUGUUUCGACAAUUCGUGCUUAUUCGGUGCAAGAUAGAUUUAUCGAUGAAUCCGACACUAAAGUGGACAAAAAUCAAGUUUGCAAAUAUCCCUCACUCAUUGCCAAUCGUUGGUUGGCCAUACGUCUCGAAAUGGUGGGUAAUCUAAUCAUUCUAUUCGCCUCAUUGUUUGCAGUUUUGGGCGGUCAGAAAAAUGCCGGUUUAGUUGGUCUUUCCGUAAGUUAUGCCCUGCAAGUAACACAAACAUUGAAUUGGUUGGUGCGUAUGUCCUCAGAUAUUGAAACAAAUAUUGUGGCCGUCGAACGUAUUAAGGAAUAUGGUGAAACUAAACAAGAAGCACCAUGGGAAUUGGAAAAUUCUAAAGUACCCAAAAAUUGGCCACUCGAAGGUGAAGUGGUAUUUGAGAACUUCAAAGUGCGCUAUCGUGAGGGUUUGGAUUUGGUAUUGCGCGGCAUUAGUUUUAAGAUAGCCGGUGGAGAAAAAGUCGGUAUUGUGGGACGUACUGGUGCUGGUAAAUCCAGUUUGACUUUGUCCUUGUUCCGUAUUAUUGAAGCUGCUGGUGGCCGUAUUCUUAUCGAUGGCAUCGAUAUUGCUACUAUGGGCUUGCAUAUGUUACGUUCCCGCUUAACUAUUAUACCCCAAGAUCCUGUUCUCUUUUCGGGCUCUUUGCGCAUUAACUUAGAUCCCUUCGAAGUUAAGAGUGAUGCUGAAAUUUGGAAAGCUUUGGAAUUGUCUCAUUUAAAGGCUUUCGUUAAAUCACUGCCUGCCGGUUUGAAUCAUGAAAUUUCCGAAGGUGGUGACAAUUUAUCGGUGGGUCAACGUCAGCUGGUGUGUUUGGCACGUGCCUUAUUGCGUAAAACUAAAGUAUUAGUAUUGGAUGAAGCUACGGCGGCCGUCGAUUUAGAAACUGAUGAUUUAAUUCAGAAAACCAUACGUUCCGAAUUCAAGGAAUGCACUGUCCUAACCAUUGCCCAUCGUUUGAAUACAAUUUUGGACUCGGACAAAGUCAUUGUUUUGGAUAAGGGUGAAAUUUCAGAAUUUGAUUCUCCCGAAAAUCUAUUAAAUAACUCACAAUCUGCCUUCUAUAGUAUGGCCAAGGAUGCCAAUUUAGUGUAAUUUUUAAUUUCUAUUUCGAUUAAUUAAUUUCUUUUUUAUUACUUUUUUAAAAAUUAAUUUAUUUACUUAAAAUCAUGCCACCUUUGCUAACCGUUAAAUACCCUUUUGAAGAAAACAACCCUUAUACACAAAAGUUGAAAAAAGCAUGCCAAAAGUUUAAUAUGAUUUUUUACAAAAAAAAAACAAACAUUUUAAGCUAAUUUUUUUAUGUUAAAGUUAAAAGCAAAAACAAAAUGCCUUGAAGUAGAAUUUUAGUAAAAAAAGCUCGUUUCUACUAAUGUGGCUAGAGUUCAGUUUAUGUUGAAUCAUUAUGAAUUAAUGUUUUUUGUUUAGUUUUUUUAACUUUAGUUACUAAUAGUUUGCUAAAGUUUUUAUCUGUUAAAUAUUGUUUAGUUUAAAACUUUAUAUAGAAAUUUCUUUAUAUUUUUUAAGUUUUGGAAACUGUUUUGAUUUGUUUUUAUUUAAGGAUUUUGUGGAAAUUGAGUAUUUUUUUUUUGUACAAAAAUAUUAAAAUAAUUGUAACAAUAAAUUACAAACUGCCUUAAAUAUUAAGUACUUAACUGUUUUCUUGCUUUUUAAACAAACUUUUAUUUUUUUAAUUUUAUUUAAAAAAAAUACUCAUUUUUUACUAAAAUCCUUAAAAUUUUAUGUUAAAUUUCUGUUCAAUUUACUUUGAGUAUCUUUCAAAAUUUAUGUUUAUAAGUGUUUUUAUUAAUUUGUAAAAUUUUCAAAAAUUUUUUAAUAAUUUUUUUAAUUUUAUUUUUUUAUUAUUUUUAAAGACGUAAACGUUUUACCGGAACUUCAGAAAGUACAGUUUAACCUCAAACUAAUACAACCCAAAACCUAUUAAAACCAAAUUUAAAACAAAACUUGAAUAAAAACCUAAAAAAUCUUUUUGUUAAAAACUCUAGGAAAAUUAUUGUUAAUAGAUAGCAGGUUAAAAUAAAAUGAUUGGCUUAAAUAUGUUUGUAAAUUGCUACCUCAAUAAAAAAUAUUAUUGUUGUAUACAUGCUGGUGUGUAUAUAUAAGAAAAUAAAAAUUAAACUUAAAACUUAAAAAAAAAAUGGAAUUUGUAACCGAAUCGUUAAGUAAUGUAAUACUUUUUUAAAUCUUAAGAACUUCUUUAAAAGAGAUUAUAAACAUUUGUCACAAAAUGUUAAACCAAAGUUAGUUUAACUAAAGAUUUAAAACUGUUACUUAAUACUAAUGGAAAAUAUUCAAACUUUUGUCUUUUGAUAAAAAAGAUUUCAUUUAUUUUAUGAACAAAAACUGUUACAGGGAUUUUAGUUUUAAAAAAAUUUAACAAAAUUCUAAAAAGAAUUCCAACAAAGAUUUGGUUGCAAAAAAUAAAUUCCAAUAUUUAAAGAAAAACAAAAUAUAAAAUGUGUAUAAAAUUGGUGUUGUUUUUAUAAUAAGCAAGAAAAAAUUACUUUAACAAAAACUUUCCUAUACACAAACGUUUAAGAAACACAAAUUUCCAAAAUUUUUUAAUAAAUUUUAAAAAUUUUUAAAGAUUUUCUUAAACAAUUUUUGGAAAAUUGUUCUGUAUAGGAGAGCUAUUAAACAACAAAACAAAUUUACUUAAAACAAUUUAAAAAAAAAGAAAAUUAUUGAAUACUACUUAACUAACUCAUUUUUUAUAUAAAACUUAAACAAAACGGAAUUACUUAAUUUUUUUCUAACUAAGCCUAUAAUAAAGAAAGUUAAUGUAUUUAGCUAAAAAUCGAAAACUUUAUAUUUUUAUAAAACUAAAAAUAAAUUAAAACAAAAAAAACGUACUUUUUUAAGCUACUUUAUGUGUAAUAAAUAAUAAACCGCCGUCUUUAAUUAGUUUUGUUUAAAUUUCUUUAAACUAAUAAAACAAAGUGUUAAAUAUUAAAAAUAACUGUUAAACAAAUGUUAAAGAAACAACAAACUAUAUAUAACUAUUUAAUUACACACUGUGUUCAUUCAUUACUAAAUUUAGUGUAAUUGUUUUUUUUAAUAAAUUUAUUUUUUUUUUAAACUAAAAUCUAAAGAAAAAGAACACAAACAAACCCCAAAAAAGAAAUGCAAUAAAUCCCUAUAAAAAGUGUAAACAAAUUAAUUAAAUUGGUUAUUUUAAAAUAUACAUUUCUUAUUAUUAAGUUAACAACUUAUUUAAGUACUUAUGAUCAAUUCUAUUUUGUAAUAAUGGUAAUUUUUACAAAUAAAAAAUAAAUCAAUGAAUUACAAA